AUGUGGACAGAUAACAGUUUUAUCAUCUCAAAUAUUAUCCUCAAUCUAUAUCAUAUACCAGGCUUCUUGGAUCACAAUUCACGACCUGCCGGCCAGACUAACCAACCGACCCCAUAUGGCAGAUUCAAAUCCUGCUCCCCCCUUGGAUGGGAAACUCGAUUGUUCACCAUUCUUAGCGCCUCUUCUGACGCGCGCGCCACGGAUCGCUCAAAUUACCCUGAUCUUGCCCAGAAAAUUUUUUUUGGUCGCCAUGGGUGUAACUCCUCACACACCACCAUCAACAACGACGACUUGACCUCUCUCCUCGCCAAGGCCCACCUAACAGGGAUGUCGGCCGUCAUUCUCGUGAUCCUCCCACUUCGGCUCCUCAAGAAACACAUACCAGUGUCGAGUACAAACCGUGAUGAUGAUCGUUUACUACGCAUGCGUCUGCCAUCGAAGCGGACGACACCGUCAACAUCCCCUAUGAGUGCAAUGAGAUGGGAAAAGGCCAGAACCGUCGUUAACACGUCUCCAUACAGGAUAAGAACAGAAAUCUGGCUAAGAUUGUAUGGAAAGGGCUGGCAAGUAUGGUCUAGUAUGGCCUUGUAUGGCGUCAGGAUCUUGGACAGCCAUGCAAGAAACCCGUACCAUGCAAGGCCUAUCACCUGGGAUGUAAGCCGAGGUUCCAACCUUGGCCAUGGAAGGGUGGCUAACCUUUCAUGGCCUAUUGGCGCCUCUCAUGGCCAUUUAUGGCCUUACGUGGAACCCGAACUUUUGCUGAUGAUGGAGUUCUGCUUAGACUCCGCGGCGCAUCAGUGCCAUUCAGGGGUUAUCACAGCUAUAAAUUAA